ACACUUCAUUGUCGUCAAAACAGCUUGUACAGCAGUACUUGGUUGAAGCCCGUCCACCAGCAGCCAUGGUUCGAAUUAUUAUCAAAGGAGGUGUUUGGAAGAACACGGAGGACGAAGUUCUCAAGGCUGCGAUAGCCAAGUACGGGAAGAAUCAAUGGGCCCGUAUUUCGUCGUUGCUGGUCCGGAAGACACCCAAACAAUGUAAAGCGCGGUGGUACGAGUGGCUAGAUCCGUCUAUCAAGAAGACGGAAUGGUCAAAGACCGAGGAUGAAAAGUUGAUGCAUCUCGCGAAAAUCAUGCCCACGCAGUGGCGGACAAUAGCUCCCGCAGUUGGUCGUACAGCUACGCAAUGUCUUGAACGAUAUCAGAAGUUACUAGAUGAGGCUGAGGCGAAAGAAAACGAGGAGUUGGGACUGACGGGACCAGAGGGAGAGUCGGCGCCGAGUGCAGACGACAUCAGGCGCCUGCGGCCAGGAGAGAUUGACCCUGACCCUGAAACCAAGCCUGCACGUCCCGAUCCUAUUGACAUGGACGAAGACGAGAAGGAAAUGUUAUCCGAAGCCCGUGCUCGUCUCGCAAAUACGCAGGGAAAGAAAGCUAAGCGGAAGGCUCGCGAACGUCAGCUCGAGGAAGCAAGACGACUCGCAGUCUUGCAAAAAAAGCGUGAGCUGAAGGCUGCUGGAAUCAUUAUGCGACACAAAACGAAAAAUAAGGGUAUGGACUACAAUGCUGACAUUCCCUUCGAAAAGAAGCCGGCGGCGGGCUUCUACGACACGUCGGAGGAACAGGCGCGCAUUACCUCUGCGCCAGUCGGCCAAUCUCUCCGCCGUCUGGAAAACAAGCGUAAGCCUGAUGAAGAGGAAGCUGAGCGGAGGAAGCGACAGCGUCGUGCAGCAGAGGCUAAAGGCGAGAAUGACGGCCACCAAACGAAAUUCAUUGCCGCUCGUGAUGCGCAGAUACAGAAGCUGAAAGAGGCUGAGAGCAUUGGUCGACGACGGAAGCUCGUGUUGCCGAAUGCGCAAGUUGGGGAGGCGGAGCUAGAAGACAUUGUCAAGAUCGGACAGACGGGGGAAAAUGCCAAGGCGUUGGUUGGUGGCGGAAGCGAGGCAACUGCUAAGCUGUUGAGUGACUACGAGGGUCUGGAGGGCGCAAGGAUGGCACGAACACCUCGUACUGCACCCCAACAGGAUAAUGUCAUGUUGGAAGCACGUAAUUUACGGAACAUGACCAUGGCUCAGACGCCUUUGUUGGGAGAUGAGAAUACUCCCCUUCAUGUUGGGCCAGGGGGAGGAACUGGUUUCGAAAGUGCAACUCCUCGGCAUCAAGUUGCCUUUACCCCAAAUCCUCUCGCGACUCCUAUACAUGGCGGCGCAGGUGAUGUUUCUGCAACGCCGCGGGAUGGUGCAUCAUGGGGCGCAACCCCGCUGCGGACACCUAUGCGCGAUACCCUCAGCAUCAAUCCUGCUACGGGCAUGCCAGUUGGCGACACACCACGCGACCUGCGGUUGCGUGCCGACUCCGCCAAGCGUGCUUUGAAGGCUGGAUUCAUGAGUCUUCCCAAGCCUGAAAACAACUUCGAGCUUUUGGUUCCCGAAGAUGAAGAUGAAGAGGCUACCACGGGCCCAAUGUCAGAGGAAGAUGCUGCCGAACGAGAUGCACGUUUGCAGCGAAUACGCGAAGAGGAGGAGAGAAAAGCUCUGGCAAGACGAACGCAGGUUGUUGCCCGUGGUCUUCCUCGUCCUGCACGGGUUGACGUGCAGCAGCUGAUGGGGGACUUGAACCUUGGGGAAGAAGAUGACGACAUGGCCGAGGUCAGGAGACUCCUCAAUGCGGAGAUCGCGGAUCUCCUGCUGCACGACUCGAUAGCGUAUCCCCUCCCCGGCACAAAUAUUCCUGGCGGCACACCGUCAACUUAUCAAAUACCGCCAGAUGAGGACCUCGCUGCUGCUAAGGCUCAGGUUCAUCUUGAACUUGCCUCAUCAAUAGGAUUCCCUGAUGCCAAUGAAGCCCAAGUUAAGGAGGGACUGGCAACGCUGUCGGGCAGCGAAGAGAUCGACGAGAGUGUGUCUUGGGCAAGUAUUCGCCAACAACUUGCCUUUGAUAGCGCCUCGAGAACAUGGGUAGAACCUAGCAGCCUGUCCGCUGAAGCCAGAAUAGCCGGUUAUACCUCACUGCUCGAGGAGUGCCGUGGGGAGAUGUCGAAAGAGGCCAGCAAAGCCACCAAGAUCGAGAAGAAGCUCGACAUCACCCUCGGUGGAUAUCAAGCACGUUCAAAAGCUCUUACGAAGCGCGUGGUCGAAGCUUUCGAUGACCUCGUGAGAACGAAAGUGGACUACGAGAGCUUCGCUCGACUCAGCAUCAACGAGGCUGCUGCGGGACCACGGAGAUUGGAGGCGCUGAAUGAGGAGGUGGACGUUCUAUUACGGAGAGAGCGGAUGCUACAGGAGCGGUAUGCAGAGCUUGACCGCGAGCGUCGGGAUGCAGAAUCGAGGGUGGCUGCACUGGAGGAGAAAAUUAUGGAGGAGGCAGAAGCGCUCAAUGAAGCCGCUCUUGCUGAGAUGGAAGCAAGCUGAUAAUACAUUCUCCAGUGUUUUUUAUGCACCUAUGUAUCAUUCUGUCGUUACACUAGUACAGCGGCUCAUCCCAUUAUUCUUUUGAGAGUUGCGAAUAUUCAGCGUUGU